AUGGGGAAACUUAACAUUGCCCAUCAUAAAUCCUACCACCCAUACCGACGAGACAACAUCGAACGGGUCCGACAAGAUGAGGAAGAGGCGCGCCUGAAGGAAGCGGUGCAGGAGGGCAGGAUGAUGCUGGCAGACUCUGAGGCUCGGAUAGACUUGCUCAGGCAGAGGGCCGGGCUGGCAAGUCAGCGGAUCACCCAGCAAAGAGAAGAAGGGGACGAGGAAGGCCAUGAAGCUGAGAGGAAUGAGGCUGGUCCGUCGAGCAUCAUGUCCGGUGGCCACAUUAACCUGUUCGAGGACGUUGAGCGGCAAAUGGUGCCCGUCCAUGGGCGAUCCACCAAGAAAGCCGCCCCAGAGACUGAGAAAGGGAUACCGCUCGCGCCUUUGGAGAAGGACCUUAAGCCAUGGUAUUCCGAUCACAACAGCGGAAAGGGCAAGGAUCGCGAUGAAGCACGAGAGUCCCGGGAGCUCGCCCGUAAAUCUGUGAACGACCCUUUGACAUCCAUCAACCAUCAACUCUCCGCGCGCCCUGGCACACAGUCCACACGGUCCACCUUUCGCUCUCGUCCAUCGCGUCCCGAUAGACCACCGCCCUCCUCUUCCGAGCCUCGUAGUGCGGAAGCGGCGCGCAUGAAUCGCGAGUCCGCAGAGAGGCAAAGGGCCCUCGAACUCAUACGGAGGAAGAAGCGUGAGACGGCUGGGAGUGAGACACCGAGCACCGUGCAUGGUGGGGUCGAGGAAGGCUAUCGGGACGUGUUCAACAGAAGAGAAGUCGACGAGGCACGUAAGCACCGGGAACGAAGGUGGGAUGAGAAGGAUAGGAGA